GCUGGGGGCCGGGCAAGUGGCCCGGCCAGCGGCGCGGCGUCCGGGGAGGAAAUGGAUGCUGUGCUGGCCUGCCGGCUCCGGGGGCGGGGAAAUCGAGUAGCUGCACUCAGGCUCCGCCCGAGACCCGGAGGGAGCGCCGGGCCGUCCCCUUUUGCCCUGCUUUGCGCUGGGCUGAUCCCAGAGCCGAGAGCAGGAGUCGGCUCUGAGUUCCCUGCUUGGUUUUUGGGUGGCAGCAGCCAGAGGAGGAAUAUGGCGCUCUUAGGCAGCCGAGCGGAGCUGGAAGCGGACGAGGACAUUUUCGAAGAUGCCUUGGAAACCAUCUCAAUAUCUUCUCACUCAGAUAUGGCAACAAGCAGCCUUCACUUUGCAUCAUGUGAUACACAACAGGCGCCCAGACAGCGCGGAGCGUCUACUGUGAGCAGUUCAUCAUCAACCAAGGUGGAUCUCAAGAGUGGCCUCGAAGAAUGUGCUGUGGCAUUGAACUUAUUUCUAAGCAACAAAUUUACAGACGCCUUAGAAUUGCUUCGCCCCUGGGCUAAGGAGAGUAUGUACCAUGCCUUGGGCUACAGUACCAUUGUGGUGUUGCAGGCUGUCCUGACCUUCGAGCAACAGGACAUCCAGAACGGCAUUUCUGCCAUGAAGGACGCUUUACAAACCUGCCAAAAAUACAGGAAAAAAUACACAGUUGUAGAAUCUUUCUCAAGUCUUCUUUCUAGAGGAUCCCUGGAGCAACUGAGUGAAGAGGAAAUGCAUGCUGAAAUCUGUUAUGCCGAGUGUCUCCUACAGAAAGCUGCACUCACGUUUGUGCAGGAUGAAAAUAUGAUCAACUUCAUCAAAGGUGGACUCAAAAUUAGAACAAGUUACCAAAUAUAUAAAGAAUGUCUUUCUAUCCUGCAUGAAAUUCAGAAGAACAAACUUCAGCAGGAAUUCUUCUAUGAGUUUGAAGGGGGUGUCAAGCUUGGCACUGGGGCCUUUAAUUUGAUGCUGUCCCUUUUACCAGCAAGGAUUAUCAGACUACUAGAAUUUAUUGGAUUUUCUGGGAAUAGGGAGUUGGGCCUCCUGCAGUUACGUGAAGGUGCUUCAGGAAGGAGCAUGAGGUCUGCACUGUGCUGCUUAACCAUCUUAGCUUUUCAUACUUACAUCUCCCUAAUACUUGGUACAGGAGAAGUGAAUGUUGCGGAAGCAGAGCGUCUCCUGGCACCCUUCCUCCAGCAGUUUCCAAAUGGCUCACUCGUGUUGUUUUAUCAUGCCCGAAUAGAGUUGCUGAAAGGGAAUCUUGAAGAGGCACAAGAAGUAUUUCGAAAAUGCGUUUCAGUUCAAGAAGAAUGGAAACAGUUUCACCAUCUCUGCUACUGGGAGCUAAUGUGGAUUAAUGUUUUCCAACAAAACUGGAUGCAGGCAUAUUACUAUUCAGAUCUGCUUUGCAAAGAGAGUAAAUGGUCCAAGGCAACUUAUGUGUUCUUGAAAGCGGCAAUUUUGAGUAUGCUUCCAGAGGAGGAUGUAGUAGCAACUAAUGAGAAUGUGGUAACUUUAUUCAGACAGGUGGACAGCUUGAAGCAGAGAAUUGCCGGGAAAUCUAUCCCUACUGAGAAGUUUGCUGUGAGGAAGGCUCGGCGUUACUCCGCCUCCUUACCUGCACCUGUGAAGCUCAUCUUACCUGCCCUGGAAAUGAUGUAUGUCUGGAAUGGUUUUUCAAUAGUGAGCAAAAGAAAAGACCUUUCUGAAAAUCUGUUGGUAACUGUUGAAAAAGCUGAGGCAGCUUUACAAAGUCAAAAUUUUAACAGCUUCUCUGUGGAUGAUGAGUGCUUAGUGAAGUUACUUAAAGGAUGUUGCCUCAAGAACUUACAGCGGCCCUUGCAAGCUGAACUAUGUUACAAUCAUGUUGUGGAAAGUGAAAAGCUACUGAAGUAUGACCACUACCUAGUGCCGUUCACUCUAUUUGAAUUGGCAUCUUUGUAUAAAAGCCAGGGGGAAAUUGACAAGGCCAUAAAGUUCCUCGAAACUGCAAGGAACAACUACAAAGAUUACUCCCUGGAGUCCAGACUACACUUCAGAAUUCAGGCAGCUCUUCACCUCUGGAGAAAACCUUCCUCAGAUUGAUCAGAACUUGAAGGAUGGAAUUUUUCCUCAAUUAGCAUCGGCAUCUGCUAUAGAUUCAACCUUAUAUUAAAGUGGAAAAAUGAUCUUGUGAAUAAGAGACAAAAAAACAGUUUUUUUUGUCAAUAUUUUCUAUCGUCUGAGAGAUUUACUGUUGGUCUACAUAAUUUUUUUUCCUAUGGAAUGGCAUUCUAUAUUAUCUAGAAAAUUCUUAUAUUUUGCCUCCCCCAAAAGAAUUUCAUAUUAUUUGAAUUAGGGGGUGAAGAAGUCUUUUGAAAGACUUGCAGAUGCAAUAGUCUAAUUAGAUUAUUUAUUUUUUUAAUGUGAAAAUUAAUAUUGUUUAGCAAAUAGCUUACAAGUUGAGCCAAUUUUGGAUUUGUUGGGUAGUUAAACUUCAGAGAUAUUUUGUUGCCUGUAUUUAAAUUUCAGAAGAUAAAUAAAUAUCAUUUCAUUUAAAAUAGCUUAACAGUGACCUUCAGAAGACUUCUGAAAAAGACAGUCUGAGAACAUGAACACGGAUCGAUAUAAUGUACUUCAUGGGUUGAAGAGACCUGUCUCUAUAAAGGAUGAUGCAGUAUUCAGUUAGUGGUUUUUUACUCUUCAUUUGAUUAAAGGUGGUGAUGUUUUGGAGAGACUGAUUUUGAAUGUACUUAAGUCUAUUAUAAUAACAAAAUUCAAAACCUCUAUGUAUCUAAAGGGAAGGAAGUGUCAUAUUUUAGGAAUUUUUCUUAACCUUAGCAAUGAGAGCCUAAAAUACAUACAUGGAUUAUUUUUCUUCUAGGAAGUAAAUUUCCUGCUGCUUUAAAUGAUCUGUAAAAUAUCAAUAAUUUUUACACUUAAGAUGUUGGUAAGACCUAGUUUUCUAAUCUCUUUAGCACUGUGAUGUCUCCUUAUAGAUAAUCUGGACCUUGCUUAGUCCUUUAGUUGGGAAACAGAAUCAGGGCAUAGAGCAGAAGAGAGCUUGACACUCCAUAUGGUCCUGGUUCUGCUACCCAUUAGCGAUUAGUGAGGAGACCUUUAGGGAGUCCACUGUGCCCUGUGUGUCACCAUAUUUUCUUCUGUGAAAUCUAGAUUAAAGAACAGAUGACUUUCAAAGUCUUUUUCAGUUUUAUAACUGUGAGUCUAUGUAUUAGGUAUUUAUUUUCAACAAAUGACUUUAAAAUGUCAAAUGCAAACCAUUCCCACUUGGAGUAUUUUAUUUUUCAAUCAUCAUCAUUGCCCCCAACUCCCCAUAUAUAUGUGUUGUGGCAUCCAGAGUGAGAAAAGACAAUUUAUGAGUCGAUGAAUCUGGGCCUUAUUUCUAUUUCCAUUUUGAAGAAUAACUUGUCAUAGAAGCCUCUGCAGUUUAACAGAAGGAGCCACAUAUUGGGAGUCACGAGUUCAUCUCUGUGGGUUAAUAGUUCCAUGACACGGAGUACGUAGCUCAGCUUUUCAGGGGUUCAGUUACCCCACUAUGGAUAGCGGUGUAGUAUUUGGUACUUGUGAGGGCUCAAUUAGAUAAAACAUAUGAUAGCUUUUUGUAAACUGUAAAAGGCUAUACAAAAGUAUGAAUUAUUAUAAUAAUUAUGGUUUUUUAUGUCUGGAUUACAGUAUCAACACAAAAGUAUUGGCUGAUACUGUGGUCUGUGUUGUAAAAUGAAAGAAGUGUAGAAAUUCAAA